AUGGCAAAGCUGCAAACUCUGAUCAUGUGCGACAUAUUGCAGAUGGAUCCGACAAUGUUUGCUGCGCUCAAAAACACUGCACAAGCGGUGGGAAGUAGAAAAGAGGCUGAUGUAGGGAUGCAGAUCGUCGCCGUUGGGAACUUUUUCCAGCUGCCUCCUGGAUCUGCGGAUGUUGCGGCUCCAGACUACGCCUUCAGCCAUACUCUAUGGAGUGCCACUUUUUCCGGCCAACUGGAUGGAGAUUUCUCAGGGGACUCUUGCAAACCAAGUUCGCUCGCAGAGCUUGUCGGCAUGCUGAAUCAGGCGCGAACAGAAAAGCUGCCUGCACAAGGCAAGAGGUGUACAGGUGUGUUGGGUCGUCCUAUACCAACGACCAAGAGUGUGGAUCUCGACUCAGCUCAAAACACUCGCAAGGAAUGGAGUUUGCUACAAAACUCGAGAUUAGGCAGAUAUAGCCAAAGUAUCCCUCCGGAAGUUGUCGAGUUGAAGACGGGCAAGGCUGUGGGCAUUCAACUCAACGGAAUACGCGCUCCAAAGCUGAGCAUUGGAACCGUGGUCGAUUUCUUCACAGCUCUUGGACCAAAAAGCCCGAGGCAUUGCGUCGCAGGAUCCCCCACUCGAGCGUACAGUGUUUGGAUGUCAAGUUCGAAAUCGGGUCAAAGCACUGCCCCAGUACUCAGGAAUAUCCCGUUUGAACUUGGUUCGGCUAGCUUGGUUGGCGCAAGAACUGCAAUCCUCGAACUGUGCACUAAGAAUAAAGAUCAACGAACAGGUUCUACUACGGCCUUGCCUCUCAAUGGCCUCUAUAAUCGGGUUUCAAACGAUUUUGCCGGGAACACUAUCCUACUCGAAAAGCCGUUUCGUGGCGUAGAAAAACAACCCCUCGGUCGGGGUGCUGAGUUGAGUGCCUCAAGCGCUUGUGGGCUUGUGCAGGUCAACGACUACCGUCGGUCAAUGGAUUCGCCGGAUAAAGGGACAGGCGUUCGCGCCUACUUCAGGCGCAAGAAAAACAAAAUCAUAGCAAAACUUACGACCGGCAGCGCAUCGAGUCUUUCCACUUCCAUACCUUCCGUUCACCCUGAUACUCAGUCUUCGCCCGCGGAACCAGCCGCCUCUCAGUCACGUUCUACCGUUGAUGAUGCGGUGCCCUCCAACGGCCCGUUGCGACACUCAGACACAGAUCAACUGCCGAUCGCAACCAAUCCUCUCGAAGGCCCCGACGCGGCUACAGACACCGCGGCCGUCAGCGUUCCUCGGCCAAUCACUCCUGCGCCUUCAGCCAUACGAGCCCUGACCGGUACGCUAAAAACAUUGCAUAGCGCAGCGCAGGUUUUUCCGCCUCUACACGCUGCGAUUGGAGGACUUUUAGCCUCCGUCGAGCACAUGGAGCUGAGCUCUAAGAAUCAUAGCGAAAUGGAGGCAUUGGCAACACGGCUAUCAUCGCUCGCCGAGUGGCUCCAACAGCAUAAACAAGAGGCCAAGUCGACAGAGGUUUCGGAGUUCCUUGAAAGAAUCGCAACGUCAAUGGAAAAGCAAGUGGCAGCCAUCCGCAGCAAGCAGAACGACCGAACAGCAAGAUACCUCAGGAACGCGGAACAGGAUGAGGAGGAGAUACUACAAGCGUAUAGGCACAUAGCGGACAUCCUGGAGAAGAUCAAGACCGAAGCGAGCUUGAACACGUGGGAUGCAGUCGAAGCACAGCGCACGGACUCUCGCCUCGCCGGUUUGUCACCUGUAGACUCGGCGAUCUACAACUCACUGCUGUCCUAUGAUGUGAAUCGUCGAGCAUGCACUCCGAACACUCGGUCGAAGAUCUUGCUCGAGCUCGAUCAGUGGUCGGUCGAUGGAAACAAGCCCAAUGUCUACUGGAUGAACGGAAUGGCCGGCACAGGCAAGACAACCAUCGCAUACACCUUUGCCCAGUGUCUUGAAGAUCGCGGUGAACUCGGGGCCAGUUUCUUCUGCACCCGCACAUCUGAGGAAUGUCAAAACGUGGGAAGAAUCAUACCGACUAUCGCCUGUCAGCUGGCACAGCGUUUACCUUCUUUUCGAUCAGCGUUGCGGGGGGCUCUGGAGCAGCAGCCGAACAUCAAGUCACAGUCGAUCGACAGGCAGUGUGAGCGACUGAUCAAGGAGCCGCUAUCAAGAAUGAAGACCGGGAUGACAAAAGGGCUUGUGGUCGUGAUCGAUGCGCUCGAUGAAUGCAGCAACACGAACGGCGUGCGAACGAUCCUUGACGUACUUUUCAGAGUCACUCCCGACUUGCCUCUCAAGUUUUUCGUCACCAGCCGACCCGAGCCGGACAUCCGCCAAAGGAUCGAGGCGCAGUCUGACCGCAACCGGUCGAUGUGCGUGCUACACGAGAUCGAAAAGUCGCUAGUGGAAGCAGACAUCGAGCUAUACCUUCGUGACGAACUUCGCAACGGCGUCUCUGAGCAUGAUCUGAUCAAACUCGCCAAGCUCUCCGGAAACCUGUUCAUAUAUGCAGCCACGGCAAUUCGGUACAUUCGGAGAAGAGGCACGAUGGUGGAUCAAGACCGGCUUGAGGCGAUCCUAAAAUCGUCUUCGAAGUUGGCCAACCGACACGCAGACAUUGACAAGCUAUAUGCUACGAUUCUGGAUGCGGCAGUCCACGACUCGAACCUGGAUCAGGAGGAGCAAGACCAGACACGGGCAAUAGUUUGGACAGCAAUUUGCGCACGAGAGCCGAUCGACGUCGAUACGCUUGGAGCUCUGACGGGGAUCAAAGCGACAAAGGCUGACAUACUGCUGCAGUCUCUAUAUUCGGUGCUGCACGUGUCACAAGCGACUGGGACGAUCACGACGCUACACGCAUCGUUCCCCGACUUUAUGUUUGACAAGGCGCGGUCGAUCAAGUUCUACUGCGACGAAGGGAAGCACAGUCAGCUGCUCGCCGAACGGUGCUUCGAGGUGAUGCAAGACCAGCUGCGAUUCAACAUCUGUGGUCUAGAGACGUCGUUCAUACCCGAUAGAGAAGUGCAAGACCUGGAAGCUCGGAUAGCAAAGUCAAUCUCGCCAACGCUGGCGUACGUAGCGCACCAUUGGGGAGAUCAUGUAGUCAAGAGCACGCCAUGUGAGAUGGUGCGGAAAGGGCUGGAAGAUUUCCUGUCAUACCGGCUGCUUUUCUGGAUGGAGGUAGUGAGCCUGAAGCGUGCGCUGGACAAAGGGAUAGGCAUGCUAUCGGCGCUCAAGGCAUGGCUGACGGCCGAAGACGCAUCAUCAGAUGUGAGCAAGCUACUGAACGACUCGUGGAUCUUCGUAUCAAAGUAUGCUGCCGGGUCGGUUUCGCAGUCGACACCGCAUAUAUACAUCUCGGCGUUGGCAUUCUGCCAUCACUCAAGCUCGGUAUACGAGCAGUACUGGGGUCGUACUCGGGGGCUUCUGAGGCUGGAAGGGUCUGCGAUGGAACAAAGUUCAACGGCGCUACUUGCAAUAUGGCAGAUGCCCUCGGAGGCCGUCUCACUGGCGUUCUCUCCUGAUGGGUCUCGAUUUGCAAUUGGAUUUGAAGAUGGCACAGUACAUAUACUUCAUGCGCACAAUGGAACAGUGGCUCUUGGCCCCCUCGAGGGACACACCAAUUGGGUAACAUCCUUAGCAUAUUCCCCUGACGGACUGCUGCUUGUCUCUGGCUCUUGCGACGCUACAAUGCUUGUGCGAGACGCGCAGACAGGCAGUUGCAUAUAUGACGUCAUCACAGGGCAUGAAAGCGUAGUGAUGUCAGUAUCGUUCUCACCCGACGGCAAGCACAUCCUCUCAGGGUCCAAUGACCAGACAACGCGGAUGUGGGACAGUGGCAACGGCAGUCUGAUACCCAACUCCAUCAAACGCCAUCCUCAUGAAGUCCUCUGCACGGCAUUCUCUCCUGAUGGCAAGCUUAUCGCAUGUGGCUUGCGGAGCAAUAAGUCUCCUAUUGUUGUUUACGACGCAUCCACCAGCGAGUUACUCCCUUUUCCAUUCGAUGCCCAUCAAUCCCCGGUCUAUUCAAUCGCCUUUUCGACAAACAGCAAGCACCUUGUCACUGGCAAUAUUUCCGGUGAAUUGCGCGUCUGGAGCCACCAGGACGGCACCCUCACACACUCCCUACCCAGAGUACACAACAGCUCGAUUGCAUCCAUUGGGUUUUCGCCACUCGGAGACAAACUCGUCACUGGCUCUUAUGAUAGGUGCGUGUAUAUAUGGGAUGUAAAGACCGGCUACUCCAACCCUUGCCUACUUGGCAUACACAACGAUUAUGUUUUCUCCGUUGCGUUCUCACCCGACGGCACACGAGUCGCAUCAUGCUCAUAUGACUGCACCGUCAAGAUGUGGAAUGCACUGCACUCGACAUCAUCUCAUGCCUCACGCUCAAACACACCAACCAAGGGUGUCUGGUCGGUUGCGAUCUCGCCUGAUGGGUCACGCAUCGCCGCAGCGGGUGAAGACAAAGCAAUCUACAUGUUCAACACACACGAUGGCACUUCCGCUCUCCAGCCACUUGUCGCACACACGGGGACGAUCUACUCGGUUGCGUUCUCACUCAACGGCAGGUACCUCGCCUCUGGUGGCCACGACCAAUGCAUAUGUCUAUGGGAUGCCACAAGCGGCAAGCUGCUAUCCGGUCCACUUCAAGGGCACGAGAGAAUGAUACGGUCAGUGUCGUUUUCACCCGAUAGCAGGCACGUUGUUUCUGCCUCGACGGACAAGACCAUACGCAUGUGGGAUGUGGAUGAGGAGACUCUGACGCCCACAGACCUGGUUGGAACGCACGACAACGAGGUCAACUCAGCGGCAUUCUUCCUCGACGGCAAGCAUAUCGUUUCUGGGUGUGCCGACAGGAAGAUCCGGAUGUGGGACUCGCAGACGCUAUCACUCGUGUUCGAUCAGUUUGGGUCGCAGCAGCAUGAAGCGCGUAUCUGGUCGGUGACGUUCUCGCCUGAUGGCAGACUCAUUGCUUCUGGGUCCGUGGAUGGCGUGAUUUGCAUCUUUGACUCGCACAGUGGCAAGUUGGUCCUCGGUCCUCUCAACGCACAUCAGGAUCCGGUGAUGUCAGUUGUGUUCACACUCAACAGCAAUCACAUCGUAUCUGGCUCGGUUGAUCGAAGCGUUCGAGUGUGGAGGGUGGAAGAUGGGGCUCCUGCAUGUGAGCCACUUCAAGGACAUCGAUAUGGGAUCAACUCGGUGGCAUGUUCGCCCGACGGUGCAUAUAUUGUCUCAGGUUCGGAUGACGCGACGAUUCGAGUAUGGAAGGCACCAGGAAGGGGCGCUGUAUCCGACAUAUCCCGAUCUGCCUCUUCGACCUCAGACCAGAGGAAGCCCCUUAGGCCGAUUGCUGGUGGACUGAAGAUCGAUAGAGAUGGGUGGGCACGCAACCACGACUCGCAGCUAGUUUUCUGGGUUCCAUCGGAUAUGACCAUGCUCUUUCCUCGCCUCGAGACCGUUUACAACAUCGGGCCUGAAGGCACGUGUCGAGCGGAGUAUAGUGAGCGUUUGCUACUUGGGGACGAGUGGCACGGAUGUUUUGUGCGCUGA